AUGUCUCGACUUGAAAGAUUAUUUACAUUAUUAGAGACAGGAUCAAAUACAUCAGUUAGAAAAGCAGCAGCACAACAGAUUGGUGAAGUACAAAGAUUAUUUCCACAUGAUCUUCAAUCACUACUAGACAAUUUACAGAAAUAUUUGGCAUCUAACAAAUGGGAUACACGUAUUGCUGCUGGUCAAGCAAUUGAAGCUAUAGCUUCAAAUGUACCUCUAUGGGAUGCUAAAGCUGUAUUACUUGAAAAAGAACAAGAAUGGAAACAAGAAUUAAAACAAGAACAUACAACAACUUUAAAAGAUGAAAAAGAUAAUAAUAAUAAUAAUAAUAAUGAUAUUUCAACAAUUGAUAAUUCAUCAUCUUCAGAAAUAUUUGGAUUUAAAGUUGAAGUAAAGAUUGAAGAAGAAAUGGCAACUGAUGCAUUACAAAAAAAGAUACAACAAUAUUAUCAACAAAAUAUACAAAAUAUAGCAACACCAGAGGAAUUUGAUCUUCAAUUUGAUUCAUUUGACAUUAACAAGGUAUUAAAGAAUGGUGCACCUUUAUUAAGUUCUGGUGGAUCAGAAUAUGAUGAAGAGUUAAAGGAAAAGGAUAUGAAUCUAGAUCCAAAGGAAUUAUUGGAACGUCAAAGAAAGAGAAUGAGAAAAAAGUUGGGUCUAGAAGAAAUGCCAAUCAGUAUGGGAUUUGCACCAGAUGAAUUAUUAGAUGUAGAUGAUCUAAUUGUAAAAAAGGAAUCAACCCAACAACAAGAAAAAAAAGAUAAUAUUAGUGAUGUAUUGGAUACAAGUGGUAUGAGCAAACGAGAAAGAAAUCUAGAAAAACGUAAAGCUAGAAAUCAACAAAAAGAAAAACAACAAGAUGGAAACAAAAGAUUUAAACAAGUAAAUGGAAAAGAAAAGGCUGGAACCACUGCAAAUACAAAACAACAUAUAACAGAACAAGCUCAAAAUUCUGAUAAAAUCGUUAUGGAAUCUGUUUUGGAUGUCGAAAAGGCUUAUAAUCAAGAUGAGUGGCCUUUUUCUUCUUUAUAUCAAGAUUUAAUUUUAGAUUUAUUCAAUCCAAAUUGGGAAAUUAGACAUGGAUCAGCUGUAGGAUUAAGAGAAAUUUGUAGAAAACAUGGUGGAGGAGGAGGUAUAACGAUUUAUACACCAAAUGAAAAAAUGGAAAUUCAAAAUACUCUUUGGUUGGAAGAUUUUGCUAUUAGAUUAUUAUGUGUUAUUGCUCUAGAUAGAUUUUGUGAUUAUGGUUCUGAUCAAAUUGUAGCACCAGUAAGAGAAACAUGUGCACAAGUAUUAGGAUUGGUGGUAAAAUAUAUGAAUGAAACAAGUGUAGUAAAAGUAUUACAAGUAUUAUUACAAUUGAAUGAAAGUAAACAAUGGGAAGUUAGACAUGGAGCAUUACAAGGAAUUAAAUAUGUAGUUGUCGUUAGAUUGGAUCUAGUUGAUACCAUAUUACCACUUGUAUUGGAUGCCAUUACAUUGGGUUUAAUGGAUCGUGAUGAUGAUGUUCGUGCAACAGCAUCUGAAACAUUCCAACCUUUGGCUCGUCAUCUUGUUGCACCAAAAUAUAUUGGUCGUCUUCCAUCACUUUUAAAUAUUCUAUGGGAUAUUCUUUUAGAAUUGGAUGAUUUGGCAGUAUCUACUGCAUCUGUAUUAAAUCUCCUUUCGGAUAUCUAUUCAUUCCCAGAGAUUCUACCAACGAUUGCAGCAAAUUCUUCCAAUAUUGGAACUCAAAAUUCAAGUGUAUUGGCUCAUUUGGUACCUAGACUAUACCCAUUCUUUAGACAUAAUCUUUAUACUGUUAGACAGAGUGCUGUAAAGACUGUACAUCGACUCAUCAUGUCAUCAUCACCAGAAACCAAAACACAUUGGUUACUUUCAAUAUUGGAACAAUUGUUGCGUUAUAUAUUUCAAAAUAUUCUACUAGAGGAUCGAGAUGAUAUUGUUGACUUGUCACUUUUAACUUGGUCUGAAUUGAUUUCAAGUUUUAAUAGUUCAGUCAUUAGAGGUGCUACUCUAACUUUUCUUGGUCAAUGGAUUACUCUAUUGGCUACCAAUCCUUCAUCACCUUUAAAUAUCGAUCUCUUACUAUCAACUCCAUCGUUGCGUAGUAAAUUAGAAGUUACAACUCCAAAUCAACUUAGGAAAAGAACUGCAAAACAACAACAACAGGAAGAAUCAGUAGAUUCUUCAUCUUCUUCUACAACACCAAUCAACAAGGACUAUCAUUUAUCGACUAGAAACAAAAUUAUUGGUAUUAAAUCAAUUGGAUCAUUGAUAAGAUGUUGGCCAAUUGAUUGUCUUGGAGAAAUUCAAGAAAUGUUUGGUCAAAUGAUAAAAUCUACUGGUGCCAUCCAAAAACAUCUUGCUUGUCUAAUAAUGUCUGAAUCUUAUUACAACAACAAUAAUAAUAAUAAUUCUUCUUCUACUUCUUCAUUUGGAUUAUUAAAUCAAUCAAUUGAAACAUAUUUAUUUGAAUCAUUAGAAUUGGCAGAACCAAAUUUUUAUUAUUAUGAAUCAGAUUCUGUGAUUAGAGCAAAAUUGUUGGCAGAUUCAAAGAUUUUGGCAAAGAGUUAUCAAGGAGUUGGAGUUGUUGAUUUUACUCAAGUUCAACAUAUUCAACAAUGGAUUGAUGAAAAUAAUAAUAAUCUUUUAAUAUCAUCAGAGACUAUAUUGCCACAAUCACUAUCAUUGGUAUCAGAAGUACAUACCUAUGCAAUUGAAUCGAUUAAAGUUUCAUUCCCACCACAACAAUUACCAAAAUUGGCAUCUAUUUUGGAUCAAUUAGAGGCAAGAAGAAAAACAACCAUGGUUACACUUGGUUAUAUUGACAAGUUACAAAAGGAAUAUCAUACAAUGGUUCAAGGUGCAAUGUCUGAACUUUUAAUUGCUUCUCGUUCCAUUCCAACAAAGAUUACACCAGUCAUUCGAUCAUUACUUCAUUCAAUUCGAAAUCAAGAAGAUUUUACCUAUCAACAAAGAGCUUCAUCUGCAUUGGCUAGUCUUACAUUACUUUCGGUUGCUCGUAAACCUUGUCCAAAUGAUAAGAUUAUUAAAUCUCUAUUUUCUAUUCUUUGUGAUGAUCGUACUGAUACUCCUCUUGCCCUAUUACCAAACAAAUCAAACAAUUUGGAUGAAACAUUGGAACAACAAAUAUUUGGUAAUCAACAAUUAAUGGAUCAAGAUGAAAUUAAAUUACUUCGACUUGGUAAACGAGGAGCAGUAGAAUUUUUCAAAUCACUAUGUAAUCAAUUCAAAUCGUCUCUAUUUGAAUCGGUUCCAAUAUUGUAUGAAUUGAUUAGUCAACCAAUAUUACAAGUUUAUCAAGAGACACAAGGUAGUGGUACAUUUAUGGAUCAAUUGGUAACAGAUUAUGAUAGAAUUCAAUCAGUUAUAGAUUCUCUUUCAUUACUUCGUACUGUGUUGCCACACAUUGACAAGGAAAUUAGUGAUCAUCUCCGUCAAUUAAUGCCAGCAGUAUUUUAUCUUGUUCAAUUCCCAAAUACUCCUCUUCAAUAUACAACCUCUUCUUGUAUUGCCACCUAUUGCAAGUCAAUGACUCUAGAUUCAAUGCAAAUGCUCAUAUCCACCACACUUCCACUGCUUGGUGAUACCAAAUCGCUAAAGAAUCGUUUUGGUGCCAUUCAAGCACUCGUUCAAGUACUUCGAGAGAUGAAUAUGGAGGUGGUACCGUAUAUUGUAUUCUUGACCAUUCCAAUCCUAGGUUGUAUGAGUGAUCCUGACCUCAAUCUUAGAAAACAAGCAUCCCUUUGUUUUGCUAGACUUGUAAAACUUAUGCCACUUGAAAGUGGUGUACCAGAUCCAGAAGGUCUAGAUCCAGUAUUGGUAGAAAAGAAAAAAAAGGAAAGAAAGUUUUUGGAACAAUUAUUGGAUGGAAGCAAAGUGGAAAGUUAUCCAUUGCCAAUGCGUAUCAAUACAGAACUCAGAAAAUAUCAACAAGAUGGUGUCAAUUGGUUGGCAUUUCUCAACAAGUAUCAAUUACAUGGUAUAUUGUGUGAUGAUAUGGGUCUUGGUAAAACACUGCAAACCAUUUGUAUUGUGGCAGGUGAUGAUUAUGAUCGUGCUCAACAAUUUAAACUUCAUGGUACACCAAACUUUCAACCAUUACCAUCGUUGGUCAUUUGUCCAAGUACUUUGGUUGGUCAUUGGGUGAGUGAAAUCAAAAAGUUUACAGACAAUGAACAAAUGCGACCACUUGCCUAUUAUGGUCCACCAAACGAUCGUGCAGCUCUUCGCCAACAAUUCCACAAACACAAUGUUCUCAUCAUGUCGUAUGAAGUGGUUCGUAACGACAUUGAACACUUGGCAGCACUUACAUUCAACUAUUGUAUCCUCGACGAAGGUCACAUUAUCAAAAAUACAAAAACCAAAAUGACCAAAGCAGUUAAACAAAUCAAUGCAAACCAUCGUCUUAUCCUAUCUGGUACACCUAUUCAAAAUAAUGUACUAGAGUUGUGGUCACUCUUUGACUUUUUAAUGCCAGGUUUUUUGGGUACCGAACGUCAAUUUGAAGAACUCUACUCUAAACCAAUCCUAGCGAGCAAAGAUCCAAAAUGUACAGCCAAAGAUCAAGAAGCUGGUGCAUUGGCAAUGGAAGCUCUUCAUCGUCAAGUUUUACCUUUCCUAUUGCGUCGUCUAAAAGAAAAUGUAUUGGCAGAUCUACCACCAAAGAUUAUUCAAGAUCGUUAUUGUAAAUUAAGUUGGCUUCAACAAAGACUUUAUUCUUCCUUUUCACAUAGUUCAAAUAGAGAUGAAAUAUCAAAUGAUCUACAAGAUGGUGAUGAUGGCGAUGAUGAAGGAAAAUCUAAAAAGAAAAGUGGAAAGUCUGCUAAUCACAUUUUCCAAGCUUUACAGUAUCUUCGUAAACUAUGUAGUCAUCCCAAAUUUGUAUUCAAUGCAAAUCAUCCACAAUAUCAAAAGAUUGUAGACGAGAUGGUACAAAAACGUUUACCAAUCGACGUUCAUUCAAUUGAAAAUGCACCAAAACUCACUUCACUAAGAGAACUCUUGUGGGAGUGUGGUAUUGGAAAAGACGAUGACAAGGAAAAUGGUUUGGUUAAAAAGGAAAAAGAUUCAUUAGAGAAUUUGGAAAUUUCAACUCAACAUCGAUGUCUAAUCUUUGCACAGACCAAGGCAAUGUUGGAUUGUGUCGAAUCUGAUUUGUUAAAGAAAAUAUUACCAUCGGUUACCUAUCUCAGAAUGGAUGGUGGUACUGAGCAAAUGAAAAGACAAACCAUUGUCAAUCGAUUCAAUGCCGAUCCCACCAUUGACCUAUUGUUACUCACCACUACAGUUGGUGGUUUGGGUCUCAAUUUGACAGGUGCCGAUACUGUUAUCUUUUUAGAACACGAUUGGAAUCCAAUGAAGGAUCUUCAAGCCAUGGACAGAGCUCAUCGUAUCGGACAAAAAAAGGUUGUCAAUGUAUAUCGUCUUAUCACUCAAGGCACCUUGGAAGAAAAGAUUAUGGGUCUUCAAAAAUUCAAAUUAAACAUUGCCAAUACCAUCGUCAAUCAAGAGAAUCAAUCACUUCAAACAAUGUCUACCAAUGAAUUACUUAAUCUUUUCGAUUACAAUGAACAAGAACAACAACAACAACAGCAACAAGAUGGUGCAGGUAUUGAUAGUUUGACAGGUGAAAUUACAAAUCAAGCUGGACAAAAGAAAAAAUCAUCUACCAAACAAGGUGGUUUACAAAGUGUUUUGGAUAGUCUUGGUGAACUUUGGGAUGAAAAACAAUAUCAAGAAGAAUUUAAUAUUAAUAAUUUUAUAAGUCAACUUUAA